ACAUGUCCUUUUCUGAGGAUCAGUCAGGGUGGCUGUGGUUUGUUCCGUCCUUGCUAAUUUGUCAAUGUUGAGAAUGCUGAAAAUGCAGGCUUUUACAUUUGUCGGAUGUCAAUGAGUUACUGAAUAUUUUAUACCUGAGCUUGUCUUGAUUUUGAAAAAAAGGGAAAGUGCAAUGAAGCAGAAAGAUGAAGUGAUAAGAUUGAUUAUAACAGCAGAAACUUGUGGAUAAAGAUCAGGGAGCUAUUUUGAGAACUUACAAAGUGUCGCCAUGGAUGAUGAUAUGGGAAUGAAACGUCCAUUGGACGAUGAUUACGAGGAGGAACAAGAUGAUCGUAAGAGGCGUCGGGGUGAUGGACCCAAAGUGGAGCUGAGAUUCCUCCUGGCCAGCAAGAAUGCUGGAGCUAUCAUUGGAAAAGGAGGCAGCAACAUCAAACGGCUGAGGCAGGAUUACAAAGCCAGUGUAACAGUGCCCGACUCGACAAGUCCCGAACGAGUGCUGACCAUUGGAGCCAGUCUUGCUACAGCACUUGAGUGUGUCCUUGACAUCAUUCCUAAAUUAGAGGAUUAUAAAAACUACAGGGACAAUGACUUUGAUUGCGAGAUGCGACUGUUGGUGCAUCAGAGUCAGGCAGGAUGUAUUAUCGGGAGAGCAGGUUUCAAAAUCAAGGAACUCAGAGAGAGAACUGGAGCACAAAUCAAAGUAUAUUCCCAAUGUUGUCCGGAAUCCACAGAGCGAGUAGUGGCAAUUGGAGGAAAACCAAAGAUAGUGGUAGACUGCAUAGAGACCAUCCAUGAUCUCCUACAAACGGCACCACCAAAAGGCCCUAACCAGCCUUAUGACCCAUUAUACUGGGAUGAAUUCAUGGUUCCAGAUUACGGUGGAUACAGUGCAUCAGAAGGAGGCCGUGGGAAAGGUGGUCCCAGAGGAGCACCACCUGGUGGCAGAAUGGGUGGUGGCCCCAUGGGCAUGAGAGGUGGCAGUGGUGGUGGGAGAGGUAUGCGAGGAGGAGGAGGUGGAGGAGGAGGUGACUAUCGCCGAGGUGGAGGCGGUGGUAUGAUGAGGUCUGGAGGCAGUGGUGGAGGCCGAGGCGGUGGUGGUUUUGGUGGCAACCGUGGCAGCAGCGGUGGAUUUGGAGGAAGUGGAGGAGGUUUUGGAGGUGGAAACCGUCAGGGAGGAAACCGCCAAGGAAGAGGCAGCAGCUUUGGUGGUGGCAGUGGAGGUGGUGGCAGUUUUGGAGGAAGCGGAGGCAGCAGUGGUAACUUUGGAGGAGGAAGCAUGGGAGGAGGUGGAGGAUAUGGAGGCGGCGAUUACGACAGUUUUGGAGGGAAUGACAGCUAUGAUGAUAGUUAUGAUAACUUUGGAGGAAUGGGACAGAAUUUCUCUCAAGACAACUCAGGUGGUAUGGGUCAGAUGUUUGGAAACGAAGGAAAUUUACCCUCAACCCAAGUCACCAUUCCAAAGGACCUUGCUGGUGCUAUAAUUGGAAAGGGUGGUGUCCGUAUACAAGAAAUACGUCGACAGUCUAAUGCCCAAAUAGUCAUAGAUGAGGGACUGCCCGGGUCAAAUGACCGAAUCAUCACUAUCACUGGGACCCAUGAACAGAUUCAAAAUGCCCAAUUUCUUCUACAAAGCAGUGUUAAAAGAUACUCUGGGAAAUACUGAAAUAUGCUGUGAAGAAAUUGUUAGGACUUCUAGAAACUGUGGGAAAGGAAUCUACAGUAUAAAACAAAUUGCCAUGGUGUCCAGCCAUGGACAGCCCUCACCAGAGACAUUUUGUCGGAACAUUUAACUUUUAGUAUCACCUUCCAUUUUCAUAGUGUAGAGGAUGCCAUUAUUAUCAUGACAGCGGUCCCAGCUGUUUCUCAUUAUGUGUCAAAUCUCAUUUUCUCUUUGAAAACAAAAGGAUUUUGUACUUCGUCUGUAGAUUAAUAUCUAAGUAGACAAUGUUCUGAUUUGCAUUCAGUUUUAAUUAUGUAAAUAUCAUCAGUAUUGUUGUUUUUAAUAAUGAUGCAGCAAGUCAUUAAUAAAAUAUCAUGAUUUCAA